GAUUACAAGAAACUAUUAAUGAAAAUGGAUGGCUGACGGGAGAAGGACAUUCAUGAAAAGAUUAACUAAAGUAGUUCGGUCUGGGCAUGGGGGGAGAAUGGGUAGCAUCAGUGCCAAGGAAGAGCCUGUUAUAACAGAUCGUUUGAAGGCCGAGGACUUUGUUUUUACAAAGACUUUUCGUUAUGGCUUUCCGUAUCAACCAACUUGUAUUGCAUACGAUCCUGUUCAGAGUAUUCUCGCUCUUGGAGCUUUCGAUGGCUCUCUUCGCCUAUUGGGACGAGCUGGUGUGGAAUGCCACGUUCAACAUGACAGUAGUGCCGCUGUCCGAGAACUUAUAUUCCUCAUAAAUGAGGGAGCUUUGAUAAGUCUUUGUGAAGAUGACUACAUUCACUUGUGGAAUUUGCGACAAGCCCAACCUGCCCUUGUGCAAUCCUUGCGGUUUAAUCGUGAGAAAUUAACGUGCAUGCACCUUCCAUUUUCUUCAAAGUGGCUGUAUGUUGGUACAGAAAAGGGAAAUAUUCAUGUUGUAAAUAUUGAGAGCUUUGAGCUAUCAGGAUACACAAUAAAUUGGAAUAAAGUAAUUGAAAUAAAAUGUAAGUCCCACCCAGGUCCAGUUGUACAUAUAAGUGGUAAUCCAGUGGACCCAAAUAAGUUGCUUCUAGGUUUUGAGUCUGGCACUGUUGUUGUUUGGUCCCUCAGAGGGAAGGUUGUAGAACAUAGAUGUGUCUAUUCUCAGCCAAUGACCUCAGCAUAUUGGUUGAAUGAUGGAAAACAGUUCAUUUGCUCUCACGGUAAUGGUACUUUAACAGUAUGGAAUCUCAAAAACAGUGACAAACCAGUUGAGACAUUAACUCCACAUGGUAAGAGUGACAAAGGAAGACCAUGUCAACCCAUUUUCAAGGUGCAGUGGUUGGCAGUCAGUUCAGGAGACCCAUUGAUGAUAUUCUCAGGAGGGACGUGUAGCAGCAAGAAGAAAGCACUGACAUUAAUGCAAGGAAGUCGCUCCAUAAAAGUUCUGUGCACAGACACUGUGGUGGACUUUGUUUGUAUCAAUUCUACUCCAUGGGGAGAAGAUGUACAAGAUCCUAAAGCUUUGGUUGUGUUAACUCCUGUGAAGCUGAUGGUGUUUGACUUACUCUCAAGUUCUGCAAAGUCUGCUGCAAUGGAAGUACCUUACACAUUCAACAUCCAUGAGUCUCCAGUCACUUGUACACAAUUUUACAAUGAGUGCCCAAGGGACUUAAUUGUGGCAUUGGGGUCAACAGCUAGCAGUCGCACACGAAAAAGACAGUUGCAAAGGGGAGAAAGUACUCAGGCCUGGCCUAUAGCUGGAGGUCUUGUGGGAGAAGCUCCAGAGAAGAGCACCACUGAGCUCAUAAUUACUGGUCAUUCUGAUGGAUCUAUAAAGUUCUGGGAAGGUUCAUCAGCGGUCUUAAAAUGUCUCUACAAACUUUCAACAAGUAAAAUUUUUGAAAAGAGCACAAAUGCAGUCGAGAGCGGUGACGCCAAUGGCCAUUCUGAAGGCAGUAGUAGCGGUGAACAUUCUCCACCCUCCGUGGUCGACAUUGAUUGCUAUGCUGUCAACAUGGUAGAACUGUGUGUUCGAAGUCGGACACUUCUGGUGGCUGGCACCAGCCAUGUUAUAGUUUAUCAGUUCAGCCUUGUUGAAGAGACAUUAGAAUUAGUGCAACUUGACGUCAAUCUUCUGUUUGACACGGGUAUGGAUGGGUCACCAGACUCCGACCUGUUCAGUCCUACUGAAGAUAAAGGAGAGGGACAGGCACACAGUCCUACGCCACUCUCUAUGACUGUGAACUGUCCCACCCUAACUUGCAAAACUGGUUUGUACAAGAGAUCGCCAGGAUUCCAACCCACACUCUGUUGCAUGAUUCCAUCAGUGAGCUGUGAUAUCGUGCCUCUCAGCAACAUGGCAAUUAGCUCAGAGUUUGGAGUCAUAUCCAUCAGCAAUGGGCCGUCAUUAGCACUGGUUGACACAGUUCAAAAGAAACUUAUUACUUUGUUGUCAGCUCAAGACAUGUCUGCUGUGACAGAAUCGCCAUCGUCAUCUGCCAAUUCUGUUACAACUCCUGUGACAACUGGCACCCCCAUUACAUUUACCAUGAACACUGAUGGUUCAGGGGGGGAAUUCCACGUAGAUCUUAGUUCAAAAUCAGAGAAAAGGAAGAGCCGUCCUCCUCGCCCACCUCCCCUGGCGAGGCGGCUCAGCAAGCCUGGUGGUGACGGACAGGGCGAAAGUGAUGCUGUCGAUGGGAUUCGACAAAGAUCAAGUAGUGUUGCGAACAUGGAUAGUGGCCCCCCUGACAGCAUCAGCUGUGUGCGCUUUGCGUGCACUUUUACCAGAAAGAAUGACAAUUUGAUCAGCCCCUGUCUGUGGGUUGGAACAGCCCUCGGAAAUGUUUUUGUUGUUGUUUUGAACUUGCCCGUUGGAGAUCAGAGAGAGUCACAGCCGGUAUUAACAAUUACAACAGGAACGCUAUGUCAGCCUAAAGCCGGUAUGAUCCUGAGCAUAGAUAUACUGGAUGGCCAAGGACAUCUCUUUCCAUCACCAUUUCAUUUCUGGAAGGAAAACGAUUCACACCAUAAUAAGAGAAACUCUUUGUUAACAAGAGAAGUUUUCGAUAGGCAUUUUGUUGCUAUCUGUACAGAAAGAGAAGCCAAGGUUUACUCUUUACCCACGUCACAUACGAAUCCAAAAAGUUUCUCUGAGGCAAAUCUAGUCGAGGACUUGGCAGUGUUACUCAAAGCAGCGGCUGUUGUUGUUCAAGGUAGCAGCUGCUUAUUGUGUCUGAACAGUCUUGGAAAGCUGCUUGCUCUGAGUCUGCCCAACCUGUCACCGCUUAUGGACGUGGAGUGUUCGUUUCUUAUGAAAGAUUACAGAUUUCUUAGGACGCUUGUGUUCUCUGAGGACGCUCAAGCAGUCAUUUUGUGCUCCCCGUUUGAAAUUCAAAGGCUCUCGAUGUUUGCCAGACCAGGAAUGUUAACAGAAAAUCAGGGUUCGUUGUUCCGUGCCAUGGAGACACCCGAACCCCCAAGUAAAGGUUUCUUCAGCAGCUUAUUCAGCACUGCUGUAUCACCUCUUGAUAGAGAACAGCUCUUUGGAACAGCCAGCGGGAGUGCGUCCCGCAGUUUGACCAAUCGCUUCCAUGGGCCAGGAAUGGAAAAACUGCAGGAAACGUCUAGUGGAUUGGCUGGUGUUCUGGCUAAAAACAAACAGGCUCUUACAGAGCGGGGUGAGAAGCUUUCUGAUCUCGAGAUGAAGACUGCUGAGAUGAAUGUGCGAGCUAAGGCCUUCGCGGACGCUGCUCACCAACUGUCACUCAAAUAUAAGGACAAGAAAUGGUAUCAAGUCUAAGAAUGCCCUCGCGUGUUUUUCACGCGCUCGUCCGUGUUCGUCACGUGGCUACAUAGCAGUGAUGCUGACCUUUGGAUGACAUUAGAAAUUAUUUCCCUGCGCAUGUUGGAGGCAUAAAUGUUGAUAGAUGAUUGCAUGAAUACAAAGAAAUCGAAUUCUUUGCGGCGCCUGGAGAGUUCGAUUGAAAUAGAAUUUACACACGUGCGUAAAUAAUUGUUAACCUCUUUCGAGUUAUCGGGCAAGGAGAGAAGCAGAAGACUCGCUUUAGAAAUAUUCAAACCAUUAAGAAAAUUAUUUAAAUGAAUAAUUAAUCGUGUAUUUUUGUAGUGUUUAAAGAUAUAAAAGGGUUGUAAGCAUUUUCAUCAGUUUUUAGUCAACAGAGUAAACUUCUUGGGGCAUCGUCCGAAUUUUGUCAUUGGUAUGAAAAACUGAGAAAAGGUGUUGAAAUAGAGUACCAGAUAUUCAAAAUUACAAGUAAACAAAGAUUAGCGCAAGAAAUCCUCGUUUUUGCCACAUUAUUGGUGGAAUGUCUUCCCCAGUUGUAAGCCAUUUGUCUGUGACAGUUUUUGCAAUCUACGGUACUUGGCAUCACAGUUUCAACGCCAGUUUCGAGCAGUUUUUAUUUUAGUGGUCAAUGUUCGAUAUGUACGAAGACUGUUCUGUAAGAACUUGAAUUCAUUUGUGGAAA